CGCGGGCACACUGCAGAUCGAAAAUUUCAUGAAACAACAAAGUGCUGUCGAUUUUUUUCGCUGCCGCCGAAUAAAAAAAAAGGAAAUUAAAGUGCUUGUGCAGUGCAAGUAGUAAAACACAUACACAUACGUGUGCACUUGAUGGUCGCAGCACACGCACACAGAGUCGACGUAGUAGUAGUAGAAAGUGCAGCAGCAGAAAAUGUUGAAAAACAUUUUAAGUAAAUCGAGGCAGGUGUGGAGUCCACUGGCACGUGGUCUGUCGAAGACCAGCACUAAGAGCAAUGUAGCCGCGGAGUCCGUAGUCGCUGCCAACACCACAAAACCGGCGGCACUGGUAUUGCCUCAAGAUUAUGCCGACUAUGCGCCCCUAAACAGGAAUGCCACCCGCCAGGCGUGGAUCGAGAACAGCGAUGCAGUGGCCGAGCGCAAGGUGGGUCUGAUUGAGCUCCAUCCGGAUGUGUUUGCCGCACAGCCGCGCGUGGAUGUUAUUCAGGAGAACAUCGAAUGGCAGCGAAAAUAUCGUUAUGUAAGUUUGGCCCAUGCCAAGACACGGGCGGAGGUGCGCGGCGGCGGAAGGAAGCCCUGGCCCCAAAAGGGCAUGGGCCGUGCUCGACAUGGAUCCAUACGUUCGCCUUUGUUCAAAGGCGGCGGCGUCAUCCAUGGACCCCGUUCGCCGACCACACAUUUCUACAUGCUGCCGUUCUACAAGCGCGUGAUGGGACUGACCUCAACGUUGAGCGUGAAGCUGGCUCAGGAUGACCUGCACAUCAUUGAGAAUGUGGACAUACCCACCAAAGAUGCGCAGUUCAUCAAAGAUCUGAUAGCGGAGCGCAAUUGGGGGCCAUCGGUGCUGAUUGUGGACAAAGAUUUCAUGUUCCCCGAAAACAUCUGCUAUGCCACCGACGACCUGGGCUAUGUGAAUCUGAUGCCCGCGUUUGGUCUGAAUGUCUACUCAAUGCUGAAGCACGAUACCUUAGUCCUCACGGUGGAUGCCGUCAAGCAUUUGGAGCAGCGUCUGCUCUAUCAACUGCAUCGCAAUGAUGCCACCAGCAAGGGCGGCAAAUUCAAGCUAGAUCAAGUGUAAACGUUAUAAUUUAGUCGUUUUUAUUUGUAAUGAAACUAUUUUUGAUGAAA